UAUGUGCAUGUGUGUGUGUAUACAGGUGUACAGGUGUAUGAGUGUGUGUGUGUCUUUGCCAAGUGCUGGCAAAAAAGUUGUUUAACUAACCAACAGAAAAAGUUUGAAAAGUGUCAACCUAAGCGGCGCGGCCAAUAACCUAACGACAACCAACAACAACAACAUCUGCAAACAACGACAACAACAACAAGACGAUUUUGUGCUAGGCAUGCAAUGGCGACCCCUUGUACGGGCCAGGCUGCGGUUUAAUUACCGUUAUCCUUGCAAACACUAAACCAAGUCUUGGGAUUACGUUUACAACAAGUGCGAAAGAAAGAAAGGACGAAUCAACGCGUCGACAGGUGAACAUUCCAAUUGGCAACAGAAACAAAACACACGGCCAAACAGUCCAAUUGGCAACGCCUGACAGCCAACAGCAACAGCAACGAGAGCAACAAACUAGGCUAUUUGGAGCUGCAGUGAAGCUGGCGCAAAUCCGUUCAAAAUGUGCAAAAGACAGCUGCAGUAGACAGAGGCGAUAACUGGCAACAGCGCAGUCAAAGGAUUGGCAAGAGCACCAAGCAAAUCCGACCCUCCUCUUCAAACGACUGUCCACUGCGCCCACUCCAACCACCCGCACACAGUAUGCCAUCAAUUGCCAACAUCAGUGUCAGCUCUGGCGAAAGCGCCAGGACGACAUCGACAACAAUGGUCAGCUUCCUGCCUGGCAACGAUGCCCGCCUUAGUUACAUUGUAAAUCAAGUCGCGUCCGCAUCCGCUGCCGCCGUCUCGCCCGCCUUGCCCACGUUCAGUCCGCCACGCAUUGAGAGCUUGGUGGCCAGCUCGGCGGAGGAUUUGAGCAGCUUUGGGGAUGUGACAUUCGACAUCUUCGAUGACGAUGACGAUUUGUUUGGCUCGCCAAUGGCCUUCGAUGCCAGCGAGCAGGGCCUGUGGAAUGGACGCUUUGUGCCGCCGCCACCCCGGCCGCCCUUCUUUGUCGAUGAGCCCGUGCUGAGCGAUGGCCUAACCACAUGUGAUUUAUGCUCCUGGGCCAUGCCCACCAAGAGCACAUUCAUGUUCGAGGGCACGAUAGAGAAGGCCACGGAACUGGGCUGGCCGCUGACACUGAUCAUUGUGUCUGUACUAUCGGCGCUACUCGGGGCCAUCAUCAUGAUUGCCGUGGUGCGUUGCCGGCGCAAAAAGUCGUCCAACAAUCGCAAUGACACACAUGUUCAGUGGUGGUCGCGGAACAAGCGCGCCCACAGCAACGGAGCGGGCACGGGCAGCAGUGGCGGCGCUCCAAUUGCCGGCAGCAGCGCCCACAACAACAACAAUCAUCUGAGACGCAGCAAUAUUUAUACAGCACACCCGGCGGACAGCAUACGCGGGCUGCAUCCACUACCGCUGCCGUUGCCGCUACCCAUGCCGCCCACGCUGGCGGCCACAUCUACACCAAUGCUGGCCGCGUCGCCAUCAGUGGCAGGCAGCGCGCCACCAAGCCAACAGCAGCUGCAACAGCAGCCGCCACACUACUUCCAUCCAUAUCACCACCAUCAUCAUCAUCAUCAGCAGCAGCAACAGCAACAGCAGCAUCAGCAUCAGCAGCAGGCUCCCCUGCCGCCGCAUUACCCGCAUGACUGCGACGAGGAUGCCGCUUACGAGGAGCCCGAGUAUCAUCAGCCACAACAGUUGCACGCCAGCUCCAAUUCCAACUCCAUGUCGUCGGUCACGUCAUCGCCAGCGCCCACUGAUGCCGCCAGCCACUGGCCACAGGCCGGCACCAUGGUGGUCGCCAGCUGAGAGAUGGCCGAGAGCUGCGCCUGGGCGCGUCAGCGUCGGCGCAGCCUCAGCAGCGGCUGGAUCUGGCAGUGACAUGUUGCACGGCAACAUGCUGCUGCAACACUGGCCACACUGG